CUUCAAACUACAAAUAAAGCACCAGGCUUAGGCUGGAAGGGAGCGAGAGAGAGAGAGAGAGAGAGAGAUGAAGAGAGAGAGUCAUUUUCUGCUGAGAGGAGGAAGAAGACGAGGGUCGCCGUCAAGAAGCUGCAAAUUCAGUAGUGAUGGGUUCUCAUCGGCGGAAAUGGAAUCACUUGGAAGCAUAUGUGAGGCUCUGUUGCCUCCUCUCUCUCUCCAAUCUCUCCCUCUCAACAACACUAGUCAUCGUUCGCCUGACCAUAUCCGCGUCUUCUGGCAAUCCUCUGCUUCUCAUUUCUCUCUGCCUCAUCAGGUUGUAGAGAUACUGGUGGAAAGAGCUUUGAUAGAGGCAUUAAUUCUAAUCAGAGUGAUUCUAUGGAUGCUAGCGACCAGGUUGGGUACCUUAUUGCUUUGCGGUUCUCUUUGUAUUACUCAGACCUGGCCAUUCAUCAAUAACUUCUCAAAUAUCUCAUUGAACAAGAGAGAGAAGAUCGUUCAGAAAUGGCUCAAGCAUCGAUUUCUCACGCCCAUUAGACUCGUGUUUCUUUACAUCAAAGUCCUCUGCGUCUGGAUUUUCUUCUCUCGGGUUGAUGAAAAUGGUGAAAACCCUGCAUGGAAAGCCAUUGGGUAUGAAGUCUCGGCUGAAGAGAAGAACGCUAGCAACUUUGAGAAGGAGAGGCCUCUUGAUAAGGGAAUGGUGGAAGCUAUUUUCGAAACUAACUCGAGUCUGCCUAUAUCACUUUCUCACAACGGACUCAAAGUUGUUAAGGAUGAUAAACUCAACGUCCUGAGAGUCAAAUGUGAUGCGGUAAUUGUUGGGUCUGGCUGCGGUGGAGGCGUUGCAGCUGCUGUUCUUGCAAAAUCUGGCCUAAAGGUGCUUGUUCUUGAGAAAGGAAACUACUUUACUGCUAUGGAUUAUUCUUCUCUAGAAGGGCCAUCCAUGGAUGAGCUUUAUGAAUCUGGAGGAACUCUGGCGUCUGUAGAUGGCAACGUGGCAAUAUUGGCUGGAUCAACUGUAGGUGGUGGUUCUGCCAUUAAUUGGUCAGCAUCCAUAAGAACACCAGAAUAUGUGCUCAAGGAAUGGGCGGAGCACCAUGGGUUAUCGCUGUUUGGGAGCUCCGGAUAUCUGGCUGCCAUGGACUUGGUGUGUGAAAGAAUUGGAGUUACAGAUAAAUGUUCAAUGGAAGGGCUCCAGAAUCAAGCCCUUAGAAAAGGUUGCAAGAAUCUUGGUCUUCAAGUUGAUUAUGUUCCGCGAAAUUCAUCAGAACAUCAUCAUUGUGGCUUUUGCAACUUUGGUUGUAGGCAAGGAGAUAAACAAGGGACUCAAACUACGUGGCUUGUUGAUGCUGUGGAUCAUGGUGCAGUAAUUCUUACUGGAUGCAAAGCUGAGAGAUUUGUGUUACAAAAUAACGAGGGAGGGAAAUGUAAGAGGAAAAAGAAGUGUUUAGGCGUGAUGGCAAAAUCGUUUAGUAGCAAUAUCAAAUGGAGGAUACAAAUUGAAGCCAAAGUGACAAUCUCAGCAGCUGGCGCUCUUUUGACGCCCCCUUUAAUGAUCUCUAGUGGGUUAAGUAACAAGAACAUUGGCAAGAACCUUCAUCUUCACCCAGUCCUAAUGACAUGGGGCUACUUCCCAGAUUCAGUGUCUGAUCUUCAUGGUAAAUGCUAUGAGGGAGGAAUAAUCACAUCUGUCCAUAAGGUGCUAUCAGAGGACUCCAAAGUAAGAGCUAUAGUUGAAACUCCUGCAUUAGGGCCAGGUGCAUUUUCUUCACUGUUUCCGUGGGUCUCUGGGCUUGAUUUCAAAGAAACAAUGCUGAAAUAUUCAAGGAUUGUUCAUUUCAUAACUAUCAUUAAGGACAAAGGAUCAGGGGAAGUUAGGAAAGAAGGAAGAGUGAGGCAUGAUUUAGAUGAAGUGGACAGAGAGAAUCUCAAGGCUGGAUUGAAGCAGGCAUUGAGGAUUCUGAUUGGAGCAGGAGCUGUUGAGGUAGGCACUCACCGAAGUGAUGGGCAAAGAAUCAAGUGCAAUGGAACGAGCGAGAAGGAUGUGGAGGAGUUUUUGGAGUCAGUAUAUGUAGCAGGGGGGCCAUUGUCACUGGAAGAAAAAUGGACUUUCUAUGGCUCAGCUCAUCAGAUGGGAAGCUGUAGGAUGGGCAUGUCUGAGAAGGAAGGUGCUGUUGAUGAGAAUGGGCAGAGUUGGGAAGCAGAAGGCUUAUUUGUCUGUGAUGCAAGUCUGCUGCCGACAGCCGUUGGUGUCAAUCCCAUGAUCACUAUCCAAUCUACAGCAUAUUGUAUUGCCAAGAGGAUCAUGGAGUCUUUUCCAAGGGAAUAAUUUUUAAAAUUCCAAUGUGUUCUUAAAUUCUUCGUACAUGUAUGUGUGCUUCGCUGAUGUACCUGAAUAUAACUAUUUUAAAUUAGCAUAUGUGGUUGAACCUUGUGCUAAAAUUUGUUGGAUUAUGAUUUAUGACCCAUCCUUGAUGAAUUGGACUAUAUCAUUAGAAGGAUUAAGGUACAAUUUUACUCUUAAA